AUGGCUGACGGCGAUGACCACGCAGCCAGCUCCCAAACAUCGGCCCCCAGCAUCCCACAAUUCGUCAUUGAGGAACUCCACGAGCGGUUGGAUGGCGUGCUGGGCAGAGGAGUUACAGGUGUAGUCUACUCCCUCGAGGGCUAUCCAAACCUCGCCGUGAAGGAGAUCCUCCUCGACGGCCUGGGCAAGAGCAACGUGGACGCUAUUAGACUCGAGCUGGCCACCCUCCCCGACCUCUCCCACCCAGGGAUCCUCAAGUACCAUCAAGUGGUUGAGGACGAGGGCUUCAUUUACAUCGUCAUGAAUCGCCACGACAAGACCCUCGAGCAAGUGUUUAUCGACUGCAAGCGGAGGAAGACCCCCGUCUCUCCCGAGCUGGUCCUCUCCAUUCUGAGACAGCUCGCCGCCGCCCUCGCCUACCUCCACGGCGUCAGCGGAGUGGGUGCCGACGGUCGCCCCUACAAGGGCCUCGUCCACCGCGACCUCAAGCUUGCGAACGUCCUCGUCAGCGCAGAUGGUGAACACUUCAUCAUCGCCGACUUCGGCCUCUGCAAGGACGCCCUGAGAUGCGGGAGCACCAUUGCAGGCACGGCAGUAUACAUGGCCCCCGAGGCGCUCCUCCGUAAUGAGGCCAGCCCCGCCUCUGACGUAUGGAGCCUCGGGGUCAUCAUUUAUGAAUUAGUAACUCUGAGGAGACCGGACUUCCUAGAAGGCAAAGACCCAAAAGACGUCUUCGUCGACGGGUGGAGGCCCGAUCUGAGCGGUGUCACCGAUGGCUUCAUGCAGAAUGUUCUGGAGAGGAUAUUCGUGCUGGAACCAGAGGAAAGACUGACAGCCAAAGAGCUGCAUGAGAUGCUCACCACAUCUAAUGUCCCAGUUAAUGAGCUGGGACAUCGGUAUGUGGCACUAGAAGGCAAGUGCAGCGCCUUGGAGACUGCUCUGAAUACUGCUAAUGCUAGGAUUACACUUCUGGAGGAGGAUGCAAAGGCCAAGCUGGACAGGAUCACCGCUCUUGAGGCAGCCCUCGACGCCAGGUCUGCUGAGACUGCCUCUCUCAAGGACGCGCUAGAGACGAAGGCUGCUAGGAUCGACGCACUCGAGAAGGACGCAAGGGCGAGGGAGGACAAGGUCGCCGCCCUUGAGAAGGAUCUCGGAGUAAGGUCUACUAAGAUAGACGCGCUCGAGAAGGAUAUCAAUACUAAGGCGGACAGGAUUAGUGCCCUUGAGAAGGACCUCAGUGCUAAGUCUGCUAGGAUCGACGCGUUCGAAAACCAGGGUAAAGAGCAUCUGGCCAUGAUUAAGGCACUGGAGAGCAAGAUUGCACAAUUCAACAAUGGAAUGAAUGCAGCUGACCCCCAGUCCGACUUUCUCCUACUCCCCAGGUUGAUACGCGCUGCACACAUGAACUGCACAGAGACCGUCCGGGUGCUGCUUGAGGAAGGAGUCCGCACCGGCCAGCGUGACAAGCAGAAGAUGACGGCCCUCAUGCAUGCAGCCCAGCAGGGGCACGGUGGGCCUGUUGAGCUGCUUGUUGAGAAGGAGAAGGGCCUCAGGGACAAGAACGGCUGGACUGCCCUCAUGCACGCCAUACAUAAUAGCCAUUCAAAGGUGGCUAGGAUCCUCGUCCCUCAUGAGCACGGGAAGAGAAACAACAACGGCCGGACUGCCCUGGUGAUGGCCGUGGCCAAUUCAUGUGUAGAGACCGUUAGGGCACUUGUCGAGUUUGAGCAUGGUCUUCGAGAUUCGCAUGGCCACACAGCUCUGAUGAUCGCCGCGGAGAAGGGCCAUGCAGAGAUCGCCUCCCUCUUGGUCCCGCACGAAAAGGGCCUGACCGACAGCAGAGGCAGCACCGCUCUGAUGAUCGCCGUGGCCAGCUCGCACGCCGAGGCUGCUAGGGCGAUCGCUGAGCACGAGCACAGCUCUAGAGACCCGCAGGGCCGCACCGCCCUGAUGAUUGCCGCACAGCAGGGAAGUCUUGAGAUUGUCAGGGCCCUCGUCGAGCACGAGAAGGGGCUGAAGGACAACACUGGCUGCACGGCUCUUUCCUACGCAGCCCGGGCCGGCCACCGCGAUGUCACAAUGCUCCUCAUGGACUAUGAAAAGGACGCCGCCGGCUGGACGAUGCUCAUGUGCGCCGCGGCCCUCGGAGAUAUAGACAUGGCGUCCCGGCACCUCGAUGAGAAGGGCCAGAGGGACAAGCGGGGCCAGACAGCCCUCAUCAUUGCUGCUCAGAACGGAAGGGACGAGGUCGUGAAGCUCCUGAUGAAGCACGAGAGCGGUGUCUCCGGCUGGACGGGCCUCAUCUACUCUGCAUACCUCGGGGACACGGAUGGGGUCAGGGAGAACGUCCACGAGAAGGGGUGCACCGACAUCACUUGGAUGACGGCGCUCAUGCGGGCUGCACAGCGAGGCCACCAGGGAGCAGUGGAGUUCCUCCUCGAGCACGAGAAGGGGAUGAAGGACAAGGACGGUAACACGGCCUUCAUGUAUGCUCUUAAGAAUCAGCACACAGACAUAGCUCUGCUUCUUCGCGAGCAUGAGGCCCCCUCGUGGACCCUUCUGAUGUGCGCGGCCUUCACUGGAGACGCUACCAUGGCGAGGAGGCACCUCCAUGAGAGAGACGUGAAGAACAGUGACGAUGAGACUGCGCUGAUGAUUGCUGCAAGGGAAGGAUACAGAGAUAUUAUCGAGCUCCUCGAUCCCACAGAUGAAGAUGGCGUCACUGCACUUAUGAGAGCCGCAGCCAGAGGAGACACCAAAACGACUGAGCUACUUAUACCAGUCCAGAAAGGAAUGAAGGAUAGAGGUGGGGACACGGCCCUCAUGUACGCCCUCAGGAACAGGCAUAUAGACACGGCGGUGGUGCUCGGCAAACAUGAAGACUCAUCCUGGACCCCACUCAUGCGCGCGGCUCUCGCUGGGGACAUCACAACAGUCAAGAAGUACCUCUCGGACAAAGACAAGAAGAACAGCGACGGCGAGACUGCGCUGACCAUCGCCGCAAGGGCGGGGCACAAGGACGUCGUCGAGCUCCUUGAUCCCACAGAUGAGAAUGGAGUCACUGCCCUCAUGAGAGCCGCCGAUAGAAACGAUCCAGUAGCUGCAAUGGCACUUGCUCCCCUCCAGGCAGGGCAGAGGGCGUCUGGAUAUUUCUAUAUAGGAAACCAGAGCAUAUACAAUGUAACAGCUCUUAUAAUAGCAGCGGCACAUAGCUACGCAGAUAUAGUGGAGCUACUCCUAGAGAAAGAGGGAGGCAUGUAUGAUACUUCUGGACGGACAGCCCUCAUGAGGGCAGCAGCGAAUGGCCACCUAGAGUGUGUGAGACUCCUCGCAGAGAAGGAGAAGAACAUAAACAGGAGUAGUCUCUUGGACAUAGCCGAGGGCAAUAGAGAGAUGAUGGCCCUCCUCUCAGAGUAG